AUGAAGUUCGUGGCCAUUCUUCUGCUGUGCAGCCUCACCAUUGCGAUGGUUGUGGCAUUUCCUGAUAACGACGAUAAAGAUGUUCCUGUGCCAGUUGAUAUGCAGCAUGUUGCUGCACUAUCCGCAGCAGCAGAUCCAGCGACAUCGGCAGACCAAGUCUCUAACAGCAUACGCGGCCCACGUCAUCUCCUGAGCAAGCUGUUCCAGCCCAAGACGGUGGUGGUGCAGCCGGUUAUUGUGGAGCAGGUGGCUCCAAGGCAGUAUCCCGGCUAUGCACAGCCCUAUCCGUACUACAACCAGGGCGGACGCUACUGGUAG